UCCAUGUAUUCAAUACUCAGGACCCAGCUGCCCUUUGCAUGUGUCUCUACACCCACAAAGCUCCCUUCGGCCGUCACCAAACUUCAACAAUGGGAUUGUGGUUUGCAGAAAGCGCGGUAUUUGGCCGAUAUGGGUUUAGGUAAACUGAAUGCAGACUUGUGUCCUUUCAGUAGGUCACUCGGAUUCCCAAAGUGCCGAGAAGUCUGUAAAGGCCGCCGCACGAUGUCAUUAUCAUCUCGCCUGCCUGCCAUUAGGAUCUUCGCCUCCAUCUCUUCUAAUCCCUACGAGUCUCUCACGCCUGUCUGUCUACUACUUCCUCUGUUGGCUUAUUUCCUACCCGCCUACCAACACUACGUCAUUGGCUGCAGCUCCCAGUCCACGCUAUACGGUUACCGUGUCCUCCCUAGAACCGUGACGGCAAGCCGACAAGGAUGGCGAGAUUGGCAUGACAUUUGACAUAGAUAGCGGGAUCCGUGACAGUGGCUUGACGUCGACUGGCACGGUGGUUGCGAUGAUGCAGACAGACCUUUGACCGCCCGGAACUUUCCAAUCACAGACCGCAGACGUUGCUCAGAUGUGCCCCCA